CCCAUAAAAAAUAUCACCACAACCAUAUCAUCAUGAUUUCUCCAAAACCAUUGUUACUUCUGCUGCUACCAAUUUUCUUUUCAUUGUUAUCUCAUGGAACUUCUCAAAAUAUUCAUAAUUCCUUCAUACAACAAUCCAGUAUUAAUGGCCCGUCGGAUGUUGCAUAUCAGAGAACUGGACGGGCUAUGCUUCAAACGACCAACGAUGAUGAGAACUCGUCCCUGAUAUUGGCUGAUAAGAGAACAAAAAGGAAAGACCCGAGCAAUGACUUCAAAUAUUACACUGGCGGGUGGAAUAUUAGUGAUAGUCAUUACUUUUAUUCUGUAGCAUAUACCGCAGUCCCCUUGUUUGCGAUUGCUGCAAUCUGGUUCGUGGGAUUUGGUUUAUGCUUGCUCCUAAUCUGUUGCUGCUACUGCUGCUGUAGGAGAAAUGCUUAUGGCUAUUCUAAAAUUGCUUAUGCACUUUCUCUUAUUUUUCUCACUCUUUUCACCAUUUCUGCCAUUGUUGGAUGUGUGGUCCUGUACACGGGUCAAGGGAAGUUCCACGAGAGCACAACAAAGACAUUGGACUAUGUUGUGAGUCAAUCCAAUGAUACGGUCAACAAACUCAACAAUGUGUCUUCCAUACUUGCUGUAGCGAAGGGUAUUCAAGUUGAUCAAGUUUCUUUACCUCCAAAUAUCCAAAACCACAUUGAUAGAGUUGAUAAAAUGAUCAGUGCUGCUGCAACAAGUCUCCAAUUUGAGACCAGAAAGAAUGAGAAAGAUAUCACACGUGCUCUGAAUGAUGUAAGACUUGCUCUUAUAAUUAUUGCUGCCGUUAUGCUUCUUGUAGCUCUUCUUGGUUUUUUGUUCUCCAUACUCGGAUUACAGUUUCUUGUUUAUAUCUUGGUGAUUCUUGGUUGGGUUCUUGUAGCAGCUACAUUGAUAUUAUGCGGCAUAUUUCUUGCACUCCACAACAUCAUGGGAGACACAUGUGUUGCAAUGGACGAGUGGGUUGAAAACCCGAUGGCUCAUACAGCUUUGGAUGAUAUUCUCCCAUGUGUUGAUAACGCAACUGCUCAAGAAACGUUAUCUCAAAGCAAAGAUGUGACCUUUCAACUAGUAGGAAUGGUGAAUUUCCUCAUCACCAACAUUUCAAACUUCAAUCCACCACCAUUUCUUCCAUUUCCAAGUAUACUUAAUUACAAUCAAUCUGGACCGUUGGUUCCCACCCUUUGUAGCCCUCUAAAUGCUGACAAAACAGAUCGAAGAUGUCAAUCUGGUGAACUGGACUUCAACAAUGCCACCAUGGUGUGGAGGAAUUUUAUAUGCCAGGUCAAUGCAAAUGGUACAUGUACAACUGUGGGACGGUUAACUCCAAAGAUGUAUGAACAAAUGUCGUCUGCAGUCAAUGUGAGUGAUGGAUUAACUGAAUAUGGCCCGUUUCUAGCAGGGUUACUUGACUGCAGCUUUGUUAGAGUGACUUUUACUGGGAUUCACAAGGACCAUUGUCCAGAUUUAAACUUGUUCAGUGGAUGGGUUUAUAUCGGUUUAGCCAUGGUGUCGGCUGCUGUGAUGCUUUCGUUGGUGUUGUGGGUGUUGUAUGCACGUGAGAGGAAACAUCGUAAAUACACAAAACUUGUGACUGAAUCUGCACAAAGUCCCGCUUCAAUGCAUCAACAAGGGAAGUAAAUUGUGUGUUCAAGCUUACCAGGGUUGAAAAAAAAUGUUAAUUCGUUAAUUAACUGAUGAUUUAAGAGGUGGUUAUUUAUAUAUACUUUGGACAUACUCUGGAAUUUGGAUGUUUGUUGCACAACUUUAGAAUUAGUAGAAAAGUAGAAUUUAGUAGUUACAUAUAUACUCGUAAUGUAUUACUUUUCUUAGGUAAAGGGAGUUACUGUUUGUUUUUUUUUUGGAACGGCGUUACUGUUUUAAAAGUAAUUCAUGGCAUAAAUGAAAACUUCACCACACAAGAACACACCUGCCAAACUAUUAUUAUGUACCUAUCACAAGUCCGAUCCCCUAUCUCUUCCAAGUGCAGUCUUAAUCUUGUACCAGAAAAUAGUAAUGAAUUUCAUGUGUCACCAAGAGCAGUACCCAAUAUUUAAUUCCUAGGAUUGGUAUGUGCAGGAAGAUAUUAACGUUACUCAUCUUUAGUUAAUAAGGUCUGGACAAUCCCAACCCUGCUGCUGCUGCUGCUGCAUCACUACAUCAGCUUCUGCUUCUGGUACCAAAGCUGAGGUGGGCGCAGGAUCCCUUCUCAAGCGCCCCCGUGGAAUCUCAAAUGAAAUCCCCUCAAAGGCCGAAGAAGCAGGUCCGUCCGCCGCUUCUUCUGGUAACUAUUAAUUCCCCACCCAGUUAGGCAUGCUAUGGUAUUGUGGUGGAUUCUGUCAGAUGGAUGCAAUAUCAUCAUCACUAUGUACUUUGAUGUUGUUUAUUUAAGUAAAUGCAAUGCAUUUGGACCGUAUGGAACUUAUGAUAAUAUUCUGAUCUCUCAUUUUAAGCCGCCAGCAGUGGUGGUUGUGGCUGGCUUUCCUUUUUA